GAAAUCUGCAAGUAUAAAAUCCCCCGCGAGAUAUUUCCCGUCAUUCACAGACUCCAGCGCGCCGUCCGUCUCCCGCUCUCUGUCUGCGGGCUGGAUGCACACGGACAGUGUGCUAGAUUUCACGGACAGUCCGCCAGAUCUCUAAACAUGAUGCUGGGUCCACGGCUCGUCUGUAGCAUCCUUGCUCUGCAUUUCCUGCACUGCGCUUAUUCCGUGCCGCUACCCGCGGGAAAAACUACCAACAGGUACAGGGAGGCGAGCUGGCACCUGAAGACCUCCCACUCCAGCCUGAGGAGAGGCCGGAUGCCCCCCCCCCAGGACACGCUGCAGGAAGUCCACAGCUCUCUGGAGAAGGCACUUCCUGUCAACGGGACGGGGGUGUGGAAGCGUCGGCGCUGUGGCGUCCCCGACCCCCCCGCCCCCUCCCACCCGGAGACGCGCUCCGGAGGACAGCAGAGACGCAAGCGCUUCGUCCUGUUCGGGGGACGCUGGGAGAAGACACACCUGACCUACAAGGUGGUGCGUUUCCCCUGGCAGAUGACCCAGGAGAAGGUGCGUCGUGUACUACAGGAGGCGCUGCGCGUGUGGAGUGACGUCACUCCCCUCACCUUCGCAGAGGUGGACAGCGAGCAGGCCGACAUCAUCAUCGACUUUAACAGGUACUGGCACGGCGACAACCUGCCCUUCGACGGCCCGGGGGGGAUUCUGGCCCACGCGUACUUCCCCCGGACACACAGGCAGGGAGACAUCCACUUUGACUACGACGAGAGCUGGACCGUGGGCAACAGCAUGGGCACAGACCUCCUCCAGGUGGCGGCUCAUGAGUUUGGCCACGUCCUGGGUCUGCAGCACUCUCUGGAGCCUGGCGCUGUCAUGUCACCCUUCUACAGCUUCUCCUACCCACUGGAACUCAGCUACGAUGACAAGCAGGGCAUCCAAUCCCUGUACGGCCCACCCCGCCAGGCCCCACCCCCUAUCAUAGAGACCAAUGAGAUUGACACAGGCGAGCCCGACCCGUGCAGGACGGACUUCGACGCCGUGUCCAUGAUCCGGGGAGAGCUGUUCUUCUUCCGGGCAGGCUACGUCUGGCGUCUCCGAGGGCGGGCGCUGCAAGCGGGGUACCCCGCCCAGGCCUCCAGACACUGGAGGGGUCUGCCCCAGCGCCUAGACGCUGCCUACGAGGACAAUGCUGGGAACAUUUGGUUCUUCCAAGGGGACAGUUACUGGGUGUUUGACGCUGAGAGGAGGAUCACAGGGCCGGACUCUGUGCGGAGUCUGGGGCUGCCGGUGUCGGACCUCCAAGCAGCCCUGAAGUGGGGCGAGGGCGGGGCCCAGAAGGUGUUCCUGUUCCGGGCUGGGGCGUACUGGCUCUUUAGCCCCCUGGAGAACCGUGUGGAGUCCUCCCACCCCAGCAGCAUGGAGGACUGGAGUGGCGCGCCCGCGCACAUCGACGCUGCCUUCCAGGACAGACAGGGUUAUGUCCAUUUCCUGCACGGUCUGCAGUACUGGAAGUUUGACCCCGUGGAGAGGAAGGUUCUGGAAGGAUACCCACGCUACGUUGGCAUCGACUUCUUUGGCUGUCCUGCCUCCACGUAUCACUGAGAACACAGACACGCCUGCCCCUGCCUCCCUGCCUCCACAGACACGCCUGCCCCUGCCUCCACAGACACGCCUGGCCCUGCCUCCCUGCCUCCACAGACACGCCUGCCUCCCUGCCUCCACAGACACGCCUGGCCCUGCCUCCCUGCCUCCACAGACACGCCUGCCUCCAUGCCUCCACAGACACGCCUGCCCCUGCCUCCCUGCCUCCACAGACAUGCCUGCCCCUGCCUCACGUAUCCCUGCCUCCACAGACACUCAUAGACUACAGGAACACACCAUAACUAAAAUCUCAGGAAAAAUCAUUUUGUGGACUGUUCAGCAUAUUGAUGCAGAUGCAUUCCGUUAGCAGACACUACACUCUUCACUACAGACCAGAUAAAGACACUACACUCUUCACUACAGACACUACACUCUUCACUACAGACCAGACACAGACACUACACUCUUCACUACAUGCUGAUUCACACUAAGUGAAACAAGGCUCUAUUCGGUCUAGUUUCCUGCUUUGGUUGAUUUGACACUGCUGAUUCACAUGAAGUCUCAUGUUGGCAUGACAACACAAGGUGCUGUGGUACACCAGUGCAGGCCGCUGGUACCUGGUUUGUACAGUGAAAUGUGACAGAUAACUUCAUCAAGUUGAGGUAGAAGAGGCCUCAUUAGCACUGGUAGUUUAGGCUGUAGGACUGUUGCUGGAGAUGUUCGUCACCAGACACUGGUAUUUUAUCCAUGCGUGUAUAUCUCAAUGUAAACUAUCCAUCUGGACUUUUUUUUACCUGAAUAUAUAUUUACUGUGUAAAUCAUUUUCUAUUUUUAAAUAUACAUACACUCUGUAUUCUUUUAUACCAAUAAAACAUAUUUCAUA